UUGUCAACAUCUUUCUAUAAAGACAAUUUACAUGAACUAAAACGGCAAUGGCAGUUCCAAUCAUGUAAGCAAGUAUCGCGCCGUAAAUAUGAUAAUACGCCUGUCCGUAAGCAGAUCCUAUCACCGCCUACCGACAACUCGGAUACGUCUUCCGAUAACAUAGUACCGCAGACGGUUGAUUUUACCGAGAAAGGUGUUUCCUAUCACUCUAACUCUAGCAGUGUACUACCAUCGGCGACUAUUACAUAUGAUCAGUUUAGCGCACUCUUGGACUUAAAAUUUUCGGAUAUGAGGUCUGCAAUUAGGGAGGAUAUCAACUGCGCUAUAUGUAAGCUUAAGGCGGAGUUCGCUGAGACGACUGACCACUUAGCUGCACUUCAAUGUGAUAUGCAAACAAAAUUAGAUAUCGCAACAAAAAAUAUCGCUAAAAUGGAAACGGAAAAAACCACACUAGAAUCGCAGAUACACAAAUUAAACAAUCGUAUCUCCACAUUAGAAAAAAUUUCUAGGGGUUGUAAUUUUGAAAUACAGUGUGUACCAGAAAAGAAAAACGAAAACUAG